UCUUGCAGAAUAUAAAGCAGACGAACUGGAAAAGUUUGUUCAGUGUUCUACUAGAAAUUCUGAGGAAAGUAACAGGGUUCGCUUGUAUUUAUCCUUGGACGAUUUGGAUGAGAUAACCUGGAGUGUCACCAUCCAAAGGUGUAAUAUAACCAUCAACACAGUGUCUCUGAAUGUAUCUGGCUGCCAGGGGAUUUCAGUAGUGGACCUUAAGCUAACGAACUGCUACCUGUUGCUCCUCACAAACAGAGGACUUUUUAUCAGUCAGGAUCUGCUGACCCCUGCCACAGGGCCUAUCAACUUCACAUUGCUGUUUCUUCCUGGCCUUGCAGAGGUGGACUACUCCUCAACCACACUGUGGUACUCGUCUCGGUGUGUGACAAAUCACUUGUAUUACUCAGAUGAUUACAUCAGUUUGAUCUCAAAUGAGGAACAAGGUAACAACCUCAAAGAUGGCGCUGUGGUGUCAGUGUUUGGACUGCAAGAAGGUGGUUUGACUAACCAGACUAAGCUUCCACCAGUGCAGCUGGACUUUAAGCCCAGGGGCAUCUUUCUUCAGGCGAAUCAUCUCUUUGUCUAUGGCUCUGAGGUGUGGUCAUCCUCAGACAGGGGUGCCACUUUCAAGCAGAUUUUCACUUUGAAGGAUGAGAUGGUCACAGAUGCUCUGUGUUGCACUCUCACAGGAGUUGUGGUGUUCCUCACUAACAAAGGACAUAUAUACCUUAUGAAAACAGGUUUGGACAGGUUUACCUGGCUAAACGAGACUCUGAAAAGGCAGAGCUUUCUGCUGUGUGAUCACAUGGGCAUUCUCCUAGUGGUGAGCCUGGACCCUGAGGCCCCUAUUACCUUCUCCUACAAGACCAUCAACAUCUCCAGACUCAUAGAGGGUUAUGAAAUGGGUUUUAACAGUGCCCUGGCUGUUCAGUACACCACACAGCAGUCAGUUAUACUGCAUGAGUUUGACCACCUCAAAGCUCCACAAAACACCUCUGUAACUGCCCAGCCCAGCCAUUUUUCUAGUAGCCAUGUUGGAAAAGUUGUCUACUUCAGAGCGGGUGGUGAAGUGUUGAUCACAGAGGUCUUUCAGACACCUUUUCUUAGAAGCUUUUCUAGUGUUGCUCUAGGUGAGAUCUUAAAGCCAGUGAGGGGAGUUGAUAUCAUGUCAGAGCCUAUGCAAAGCAAUGACUUGCUGGUGUUGAGGAAAGAUCCACAGAUCUUAAAUGUUUCUCUGCAGUUAGAUGGAACAGCUCCUGCACAAGGUUUUGACCUAGCACAUUUAGGUAGGACAGUGGUGGCUUCCCGUUUUAGUAGCUACCUUAUCAGGGGAAUUGUAGAUCCCGGUGAAGCUGUAGCUGUAGCCACUCUGCCUGCCCUGAUCCCUGCCAGCAUCACCCACAAGGAAGGCGACUGGCUCCUGGUCAGCUCCAAAGGAGAGAACGCCUGGGGCAUGCGGGAGGGGCCAUGUCACCACAUACUGCAGUCAAUGAGUGGUCUGCGCAGAAAUGCCAUGAUACAUGUCGGUGUCCUUGCAAAGGUUAAUUACACAUUCAAAGCCAUCAAGACUGACCGCUCUUUUCCCACAGUCCACAAGAAGCUUAUGAAAGUGGUUCAGACCAACCCAUUUGCUAUGCAGGUCACAUUGAAGCACUCGUGGGACAUCUCUGACAACCACGUGGUUACCAUCAGUGUGUACAACCACCUGUGCAGGAAGGCCAUGACCAUUGUGACAGUGUUCAUCCCGGAGGCAUCUCUGCUCUGCUCUUCCUCCAGUUUCUCCUUUACUCUGCAGAACUCAGGCCCUGAAGGCGUGAGCAUCGUCUACCUGCCGCUGGACCCCAUCAGUGAUCAUGACUGGCUGCACAGCGACCCUCUUGACCACAUGGGCAACAAGCGGCUUUUCAAUCUCUCGGUAAACUAUAUGCCUCCAGCACAACUUGGUAUGCUAAUUCCAUCUUCUGCCAAUAUCUACAAUGCUGAUCCAAGUAAACCAAGACCUCUCCAGCACUACCCCAUCUCCAAGAACUCAGGUCACUACAAACAGUGUGCCGGGAAGAAAUCUGCUAAAGAAUGUGGCUGUACUGAUGCUCUAAGGCUCUCCUCUCUCGCAGUCAACUCUGACUGCAGACAGAGGGUACUUCGUGUGAUGGUGCCUGUCAUCAAAAUCACGCUGUAUCUGAGGCAGGCAUAUCAACCUGACCAGCCACUGCGUUCCCCUUUUUUUGUCACAGUAACAGAAAUCAACAAUCGCACCAACUGGAAUGUCAUAGGAACCCUUCUAACACUCAGUAAGGAUAGGAUGAGACAGCACCCAAAGAAGAGGCUCAGUCAGACUUUCUACAACCCUGAGGGACUGGAGAUCAGUUGCUAUGGUUCUGAGCUGUUUCACUUCCAGAUCUCAGUCAUCUCUGGUGUGGUCCCAUGUGACUUGAUGGAAGAGAUUCAGAUCUAUGUUGAUGAUGCACUUGCCUUCCCAAUUCAGUAUAUGGUCAGUACCAUGAUGGCCAUUGCUCUGGGCAGUUUGCUUCUAUGUCUUUUCUUUCUCAAACACAGUGGCGUCACUCUGCAAACCAAACAGAACAGUACUUGCUUCUUCAGGCGACAACCAUCAAGUGUAGGUCCUUCCGUUUAAAAUCUUUUAAAAUUUGUAGAAUCUGGGAGCUCACAAUUCCCAUCUCCAAAAUGUUAAUUUUAAACAUAAAAUAAACAAACACCCUUGAAUAAUAUCCAGCUUAUUGUUGUUGAAAACUAUGCACUAAGCAAUCAAUUGCUAUAAGGUUAGCUACAAUUACUAAACAGGAUCACGUGA